CUCCUACAUCCAUCACACAGCCUGCCUUCCAACGUCGGAGACACACAUGUCCAACUCGCCACUAUUGUCCAGCUUUCAAGGGUCCUCUUCAUUUUUUUCACCUGACAAAGUUCCUCUCUCAAUUCUCCUUUCGCAACUCUACGACGACACGGUAGCUGCAUACUGUACCCUAUGUCUACCGCACUCUCCAUCCUGCAAGAUGCCCUGGCCAAGGAGCUGGAUUCCCUGAGUGACCCGGAGGACUGGUCCGAAUUCGGCCUCAUGGAUGUCGAGGAAGACACAUCAACACCGGAGGAGGUCUCAGCGCUGCGCGAGUUCGUACAGGCCUACAAUACCCCAAACGCCCUGGACGCAGAGGAGACAGCUCGCAAGCUCAUGUCGCUGAAUGAGGACCGCGUACCAUGCGAUGGUGACUUCGACAAGGGCUGGCGAAUUUCCUGGCUGCUAUAUGAAGUUGGCAUCCAGAUGGCACAAUAUCAAGUCGCUAUCCUGGUAGUUGCCGACGCCAUUAUGGCCCUUCCCCGCUUAGAUGCGACACCUGAGCAGGAAGUCCGGUUCGGGAAGGAGAAGUUGGAGCGGUGGAGGAAAUUGGAAGUCUUUUGGUAUGACUGCUGGAGCGAGAGAUGGGAUAGGUAUAACGCGUUUCGAUACAGUACUGCAUCUGGCGCAUACAUCUGUGCGAAUGCAUGGGUGGCCCGUCAUCUUGUGCUACACCCCCCCGACAUUUACUACACCUCUGAGCUAAGUUUAGCCUUCAGCCGGAUGAUGUUGGCCCUUGAGAAAGAUCAGUGGAACUAUCCUUAUGUGCGAGAAGAUGGUGAUGCCACCUUCCGCUCGCCCAAAGACUGGACUAUCACCAUGCUUAACACCGACGUUCACGCCUUGGUCCCAUUCUUGGUGAUAGCAGGAGACAUAAUGUACCGAUAUACCGACAGAGAGAUGAUAGCGCGGAGGUUCGCAGAGGCAGGUCAAGAAAACCAUGUGCACAACACAAGGGAGUUUUGGCAGCGAUUCAGUACAAACCGUUCCGAAAGAUCCUUGUGGAAGGCAGAGAAGAAAGUCGACCAACAUGAAUGGCUGACGCGAGAGAGGUGGGCUUUUUGGAAGAAAAGAUUGGUAUGGAUUUCAGAGCAGACCGAGCUCUUACAGCGGACUCGGGACGAGGCGAUCAUGCUUGUGCAGCUGAUGACGGAGAUCGAGGGUCGUGGGGCGUAAACACCAAGAAACGCAUCACGCUACAACGGGGCCACGGAGACACAGUCAACGCCAAUGAACACAACGCAUUAUUGCCUUCCCCUUGAAACUGUUGCCUUGUCACUGUCAGCCUUGCAGGGCAGGUAGCAAAAGUAUCUUGGAUUCUACAACCCAAACAAGUAAGACCGCCUUGCUGAACACUUAUGAUACCCGACAUGUAUGCGCGAACAAAAUUCACUUCAACACUCACAGCCAGUAGUGGCGGAAAGUGACAUGUUCCGGUCAGAAUUUGCCGUCACAACACUACCUACCUACUUUGGAAUGGUCUAUUCUCUCUCCCCUGGUCAAAAUUCACCCGGACAUGCGACUCGGGACUGUCCGACGCGCAUGUCACAGACAAGCAGAUUUUGUCCAAGCGGAUUCGACUGUGGCCUAGAUUAUAUCCGUCCAAUUAUAUGCUAUUCAUUCGGACAUCGUGGCUUGGACAAGUUACCUCCAGAGGGCCUUCACCUUCUACAAUCGACUCGCAUGAAUGCGAAGACCGAGUGUCAUAUCGGUCCGUAAACCCUAUCAAUAUCACUACAGUGACCACACCAACCGACAGUACAGUAUCAAGUUACGACAUCCUCCCGGACACCUUUUCCCAUGCCGUUGCCGGAGAACCCAACUCCACCGGAAGACUUCGGUACCUACUAGCUGUGUAGGUAGAAGGCACCGAGGCAGCAUGAAAGUAGUAGCCAUAUGUACUUGUGACUUGCUUCGAGCGGCACGACCGGGAGGAAGAGAACUCCACCACCUCGCAAACGUCGUGAACAAUGGAACCCAUGCAAAG